AUGCUAAGGCCAACAAAAUGCAGCAAUGGUUCACCGCACCGGGAACGAAGACGGCGAGAAGAGGAACAGAUAUCAUCAGGAUUCAGCGCGGCUGUUCAUAGAACCCCACCUCCACCACCUCCAGCCCUGCUGAGGAGACUGGGCGUCAAAGAACCCACUGGAGUUGGCAAGGUUAAAGUUAUGCUACGAGUGGGCGCGUCAGGCGAGGGUCCCUUCACAAGCGGUACCCAGACCUUUUCUCUUGAUAAACGUAAGAGACAGGUUACACUGUGUGAGACAGCCACUGCUGCAGCCGCUCCCGAAGACAGAAAAGUUGGUGUCGCAGCUCCGAAAAUGUUCGCUUUUGACGCUAUUUUCUCACAAGAUGACCCCCAGACUGAAAUAUGUUCAAGCGCGCUAACUGAUGUUAUACACGCGGUGAUAAAUGGAACUGACGGAUGUCUCUUCUGUUUCGGACAUGCAGGACUAGGCAAGUCGUAUACAAUGCUGGGACGGCCGGACUCAUCCUCAACAUUGGGAGCCAUACCAUGCGCGAUCUCGUGGCUGUUCCGAGGUAUAGCGGAACAGAAACACAAGUGUGGUACACGCUUCUCAGUCAGAGUAUCCGCUGUUGAACUCUGUACCAACACCAAUCAAAUACGUGACUUGUUGGCUCCAUAUCACAAUGACACGGAGCAAUCGCCUGGAGUAUAUCUGCGGGAUGAUCCCUUAUUUGGGACCCAGUUGCAAAACCAAUCAGAACUUCGAGUACAUAGCGCGGAGCGUGCUGCAUUCUAUCUGGAUGCUGCUCUCGGAGCAAGGGUUAGAGAAGAGGGAAGGGAUAGCCAUCUGUUAUACACUUUACAUGUCUACCAGUAUAGUGUCGGCGGCAAAGGGGCUGUUGCCGGAGGUCGCAGCCGUUUGCACUUGAUAGACUUAGGAAACUCGGAACGUGGGAAAACUAAUGGAGGAAUACCGCUCUCCGGUCUAGGCAAUAUACUUCUUGCUAUAUUUAACGGACAACGACAUUUACCGUACAGAGAUCACAAUUUAACACACGUCCUUAAAGAAUGUUUAGGAUCACUAACUUGUCAUACAGCUAUGGUAGUACACGUGUCUCCAAACGUCCAAAAUUAUUCAGAUACUCUAUCGACAUUGCAAUUGGCAUCAAGGAUACAUAGAUUGAGACGGAGGAAAGUAAAAUAUAGCGGAAAUAAUAACGCAGGCUCGGGAGGAAGUUCUGGCGAAGAUGCAUCAAAACCUAGUAGUAGUGAACCAGACCCUUCCAGCAGCGAUUUGUCGGCAGACACUGUCAUAUAUGUAGGUUCUUUAGACGAUGCAACCGAUGGUGAACAUCCCCCUGUGUACAUACCACACAUUAACUCUAGUGACAAUAGAUGUUCAUUUAGUAAAGCUUUGAGAGGAUCUGCCGCUGAACAUAAACACAAAUCGUCACUCUCUAAAGUAGUGGAAGAGAAAAGUCCUAUACAUAAACUACAUGCUACGCCAAAAUCAUCCCCUCUUAAAAGUGCUAUACCAACCUUCACGCCAAAAUCGUCACCAGUACACACAUCUACUCCAAAAGCUGCUCCCUUGAAAAAACAAGGUUCAAAGCAUAGCGAAGGUACAAGCGACGAACAAUGGAUAGAUGGUCCUAGGAUAUCUAAAUCGAAAUUAGUCGAAGCGCGGCAUAUUAUAAAAGAAACGCAAGUUAAAAAGAGAGAAACUUGGAUUGACGGGCCAAUGCAGGAACCACAAAUUCCGUUACAAUUUGAAUCUGUGCCAAUACAACCUAACGCAGUGCCACUACAAGUUGGAGUUCUCAAUUCGUAUGGCAAUGAAAAUAUUGGAUAUGGAUAUAUGGAUAAUCACAAGAAGAAUAUGAUAAAAAAAUGGGUGGAAAACCAAACAUCCCAAAUACACAAAUCGAGACACAACUCACCAAGUCAUAAAGCUACACCACCACAUCCACAAAAAGAUUGUGCCAGAUUACCAGACGAAAAUGAUACAAUACAUCGAAUGGAAAUAAAAGAUGCAACGAGACGAAUACAUGUUGAGGAAUCAACAAUCAGAACUGGAUUAAAAGCUGGAUCUAAAGGCAACGCUAUAGAAGAAGAAAACAUAGGUCCGCCAGAUCAAGCCCCUGCACGAAAGAUUAGUAGUGCGAGAUCGUCAACAAAGAAUGAACCAGACGAUGACGAUGAUAGUGAAGAAUUGGCAGAAAUACCUCCUGCGUUACCUUUAAUUCAACCUAGUAGCCUAAAUAGUAGAGAAGUGUCUAUGGAAAGCCUAAAUAAUAAAUACAAAGAAAGAAUGAGGAUGGAUGAUGAAAUGAUAUCAAAUCAUAGCCGAGAUAUCGAUCAACAUGGAAUGAGUAAAGGUCCAGACGAAGAAGACGAGGAUAUUCUAGAAAUAAUUGAGGUAGAAGAACCUCUUGAACCAGUUCCUAUGCAAGAUUGUUGCCUUCAAGUUACUGAAGAAGACAUCGCGUAUUGCAUGGGAUAUACAGACAACCAUUUAGCUGAUUAUGAUCACGAGGAAGGUGAUGACCAUCCUCUUAGAAUAUUAAGCCAAGAAAAUUUAACCGUCGCUUCCACAUUCACUGAUACACUUUCUAUGUAUAGCGAAGUAGAAAGGCAGAUUAGGACUGAAGCAUAUCUAAGACAAACAAUCGGGUUUUACACUCAGGGUUAUAGUGAAAAUACACAUGAAAUAAACCCACACGAAAGCGUACAUUCAUCAAGAACAAGGUUGGAAGAUCUUUUGGGUCUAACAGAACUGUACGGUUCAAGAAGAGUGUUAGACAGUAAUAAUAUACCUCCAUCAAAAAUAGCUCCUCAGUUUCAAUCGUUGUCUUUAUGUAAUGUCAGAGACACUGAAGAAUAUCAUGGUGACGGUUCUGUUUACAGUGAACCAGCAUAUCGGCCAAGUGAUAAAAUAUGUGAUAGUUGCAAACGGUCUAUGUCAAGGCCGGGUAGUGCAGUAGAGCAAUGCGAUGCAUAUCAUGAUUUAGGUACCACUCACAACGACGCCUACGGACCAUUCGAAAGAUACCGACCGAAUGACAUCACUGAUGCUCGAAUAGCAUCUUUAAGGCACCCUGAUGGAGCAUCCGACCCAAAUUUACGAGAAGAGAAUCGAUUACCAGUAAUCGGUGGCCCUUCCAGCACGUUUCGAGAACUUAAAUCCAAUUUACAUCUCGAAGUAGCACCACCUAUAGUUACUGUGGAACCACGAUUAGAAAAAUGUGAGAAAGGCGAUAAAAACGUCGCAAGAGUGGUAGCUAGUUGUAAGCCUGACGGUUACGACAGUGGACAUGAAUCAACACCAAGAACAGGGAAACACAGUCCCGCUGCUACAUCCAGAAGAGCAGAAUCAGGUUAUGACUCUGUCCCAAGAGAUUCUGACGCAUCUUCCUUAGACUCAUACCCAACGAGACGGGCGGCUGUCGCACGAGCUCACGCAAAGAAACACACGACAGCAAAAUACAAGCAACACAGUGACAGAUCAUUCUGCUCAUGGCUAAGAAACCCCUUCACGUGCAAGUACGCGGAUACAGACCCCGAAAUAAGUGAUUUUUAA